AUGGGCUGCGGGGGCAGCAGGGCCGACGCCAUCGAGCCCCGCUACUACGAGAGCUGGACGCGGGAGACCGAGUCCACCUGGCUGACCAACACCGACUCCGAGAGCCCGCCGCAGGAGGGCGGCAGCGCCGAGGCCGGCGGCCGGGAGCAGGGCGCCCCGCGCCCCGGUCUUCUGGAUGAUGGGAAAUCAGCUCAGACAGGUGUAACUACAGCAUCAGCCACAGCUGGAACGCUGAACACCGAGAAGAGGAACAACUGUGGCCCUCACUGUGCGAGCCCCAUGGUCCACAGCACGGGAGCUACGAUGCAGAGACAGCACAGCUUCAGGACAGCAGAGAGUAAAUGGGAUGCACAGAAAAUGUCCACAAAAGAAGUCACCAUUAAUGUUACAAAAAGCAUCAGACAAAGCGACAGAAGGAAAACAAAGAAUUGUGUCAAUUAAUGAAGCAAAGCGCAAGUGAGGAUGGACCUAACAAUGCUUCGCUGUGCUUUAAAUGUCAUCAGUCACUGAAGAUAUGAAGAUCUCCAGAUGUUCCACGUUGAAUACAGCAGGCAGCUGCUGCUGAGUGCCUUCAGAAACAUGUCUUGUAGAAACUAGCUGCAGACACUGUAGGAUGUUCAGAUGUCAUUUGUCUAAAGCAGUGCCACUGCACAGACAUACACCAAAAUUCGUGCCAUUCAGGUUUUA